AUGAAUAUUUCAACUUCUAAACAGUAUUCCGCAAUAGUUAUCAUUCAAAAUUUAUUGUUGCUAUUCGAUGUUUGUGUUAACUCAUUUUCUAGUUUUACUCGAUUUUAUCCUGUAGAACUUUUAUCUCUUUACAUAAUUCAGGAUUUUUGUUUGAUUGUUGCUUUAACAUUAUUGUUGGUCAAUUUUUUCGCUACGUAUAUUUUCCAGACAGGACUUAUUCAACUGCUGUACGUCAGAUUUCGCACAACUUUAGUACUAUGUGUUCUUUACAUAAUAUUGAGUAUUAUUCUCCACAUAUGGCAUAUGACCAUUCAUUGGAACUACCCUCUAACUCAUUAUUGGACCAGAGGUUUUCAUUGCCUUUAUUCAAUACACAGAACAGUUGCAGUAAUAUACUAUUACUUUUACAAAAGAGCGUCUCUUAGAAUUGGUGAUCCAAGAUUUUAUGAAGGCUCAUCUUGGAUGGAAAAACAACUCAAUCUCACUUGA